UUCAAGGAUGUUGGGGAAGAGAAGAGAAGAACCACACGAAGCAUCCAGUGACGUAAUGUUACCGAUGUGAGAAUGAGCGUGUUUAGGAUCCUGAUGCUGCCUUCAGGCACUGCUCGUGAAUCAGACCACCCACUCCGACUGGCACCUGCGCACCAUCAGGAAUACGUACGUGUGACCAUCAACCUGUGAGCGACGCCCGCUUCUGCACAUCGGGACAUUUUACCGGUGGAUGCUUCCCGGAAAAAGGAGUUCUACUACUACACAGAAACAGACGCCUGGCAGGUUGAAUCCGGAGCAGUGGAGCGGAGGGCCACAGACUCCUUUUAAGAUUCCUCCACGAUGACGUGCUUGGCGGAGAGAACCAUCCUGGCUGUCUUCGGUUCCUGUUCUCCGCCCUGAUGCUCCGCUUCAGACCGGAAGUGCAAAGACAGAGCCACCAAGACAGGAUAUGACUGAGACGCAGCAUGUGGCCGAGGUCGGAUCCCCCCGGACAUUGGAUAGUACCGUCCUCUUCAUGAAGCAAAGUUGAUGGGCAGACAGAUACUCCCAUUCUUUUUUUGUUUUGUUUUUGUGGAUAGACAUUCAUGCGCCACAGCUCGGGAACCAGUAGGGAAGGGGACUGAAAUACUCUGAGCAGGUAAUUUUUCCCUUCGUUCAAAAAGGAUAUUCAGCUAGAGGACUCACUCACCUAUGGGAAGAUGGAGGCAGGAGCAGAGGCGAGUCCACAGCAGCAGCAGCAGCAGCAGCAGCAGCAGCAGCAGCAGCAGCAGCAGGCGAGGAGGAAAGCUCUGCUGCACGGCUUGGAGGACCAGAAGAGGAUCUACACGGACUGGGCCAACCACUACCUCGCCAGGUCGGGACACAAGCGCCUGAUCAAGGACCUGCAGGCGGACGUCGCGGACGGAGUGCUGCUGGCCGAGAUCAUCCAGGUCGUAGCCAAUGAGAAGAUCGAUGACAUCAACGGCUGCCCCAAGAGCCGCUCUCAGAUGAUCGAGAACAUUGACGCCUGCCUCAGUUUCCUGGCGGCCAAAGGAGUCAACAUCCAGGGUCUGUCUGCAGAGGAGAUCCGGAAUGGAAAUCUGAAAGCCAUCCUCGGCCUCUUCUUCAGCUUGUCCCGCUACAAACAGGCGCAGCAGCAGGCGCAGCGGCAGCAGCCGUCUCACGCGCCCGCCGCCCCGUCCCAGGGCGCCCACCCCCCCCUCAGCCAGCAGAGCAGCGCCCCGGCCCAGCUCGGCCACGCUCCGCAUGGGACUCCGGCCCUCGCGGCCCAGAGAGCAGCGCAGGCCGAGAUGCAGUCCAGGGACGGAUCUCAGAGUAAACUGCUCAAGUUUUCCCUUGGUCAGAAAAAGACCUCUAGACUUCCCGGCCUCACGACGAGGGCGUCCACUGCCGGCGGUGACAUCCCUCCAAGGAGCUCGGUCAGUGCUGCGGGGAACAGACGCAGCCAGGGCUUCAGUGACAAGACCAAAGGCAACUCGCACCUGAACAAAGAUUCCUCCGAGGGCUCGACCUCGCAGCCUUCGGUGAUGACUGAGCAUGCUCCGUCGCCUGCGCUGACCGUCGGCUCCUCCACCAGCAUCCCCGCUGCUACCUCCGCCUCUUCCGCGUCCGCCUCUUCCACGGCCAUUCCCCAGCCAAACGGCAACGGCAAGCCCUGGAGGAGCAAGUCGAUCAGCUCCAAGCACAGCUCCUCUUCCUCCCUCUCCUCCACCAGCACCAGCGCAUCUGCCAUGCAGCCCGUCAGGCAGGAGAAGGACAGCUCCUGCAAAGCUGCCGCAGCAACGGAGGCCCCUCCGAAGGUCGUCGCUCAGAGGUCGAUGCUGGAGAAGCUAAAGCUCUUCAACAGCAAAGGAGGCUCCAAAUCUUCCUCCUCCUCCUCCUCCUCCUCCUCCAACGGAGUAGGGCCCCAGACUGAUAACGCUGCCCCAGGCAGGCAGCUUGGAGCAGGGCAGGUGGAGAGGGUGGAGGCCGGCUCCAACACCGACGUCCUGGAGGAAGACGACGGUAACGCGAGACCAGGAAUGAACGGGACCAGCAAUGGUUCGGCCUCCGGAGCAGCUCCCUCAGCAGGUGCCACCGUCGCCGCAACUGCCAGCAGCCCCAAGAUCGCCCUCAGGGGCAUCGCCCAGCGCACCUUUAGCAGAGCUUUGACUGCCAAGAAGGGCUCCGUCAAGGGCCCAGAGAAGGACAAGGACAGGGAGAGGGGGAAGGACAAGGAGAAAGGGAAGGAGGCGGGCAAACGCACCUCAGUCCCCGACAGGACGGAGCUCAGGGGAGAGGAGACGAAGGAGGACGUGUCACCCGUCGCCGCGGACUCGGACAGCUCGAGCAAAAGGACCUCGAAAAUUGCCAGCUUCAUACCCAAGGGGGGCAAAGUGGCCAAAAAGGAGAGUUCCACCCCUGCACACAGCGGAAUACCAAAGCCAGGAGGCAAGGCCCCGGGAGUCGGGGGCAAGGCAGCGAAGGAGGCGGGGGAGAGGCCUCGCAGCAUGCGGUUGGGAGGGGGUCUCGUCAUGCACCGCGGGGCCCUGGACAGGGACCGGGACCGCGACCGGGACAGCCGACACUCCAGCUCCACCUCCAGCCUGGCCUCCACCGAGGGCAAGUCCGGCGCCGCCCCUGUGGCCGGAGGAGGCACCACACAGAGCACAGCCAGCAACACGGUCAGCGUGCAGCUACCUCAGACCCAACAGCACCACAGCCACCCCAACAUGGCCACCGUCGCACCUUUCAUGUACAGAUCCCAGACGGACGGCGAGGGGACGGCGAACACGGAGGGCGGCCCGGGGGGGAGAGGUGGAGACGUGUGCUUUACCAAGACCGGCCAGACCUCCGUGGAGGACCUCUCAGGCGAAGACCCGGAGACGAGGCGGCUGCGAACUGUCAAGAACAUCGCAGACCUGCGGCAGAACCUGGAGGAGACCAUGUCCAGCCUGCGAGGAACUCAGGUCACACACAGCACCUUGGAAACCACCUUCGAUGGCAGCGUCACCCCAGACGUCGGCGGCAGCGGCGGCGUUAGCAGUGGCAGCAGCACCAACGGCGGCGGCGGCGGUCGGAGCAUCCUCAGCCUCACUUCUUCCCGCCCCUCCCUGUCGUCAUGGCGACUGGGCCAGUCCAGCCCUCGCCUGCAGGCGGGCGACGCCCCCUCGGUGGGGAACGGCUACGCCGGCCGGGCGGUUGGCGGCGGCGGAGGCGGUGGCGGCAGCCAGGGAGGGCGCUACCUGUACCCCGGGCACCUCCGGCGGCAGCUGGCCGGCCGAGGGGGAGCCCUCUGCAGCGUGGAGCUCGGGGACAGAGCCGGCGACGACAUGGACCUGGACGGCAUCGCCAUGGAGGUCACCGGGUACAUGAGCGACGGAGACGUGCUGAGCAAGAACGCCGCGCGCACGGAUGACGUCACCAGCGGCUACAUGACUGACGGAGGUUUGGGUCUGUACACGCGGCGGCUGAACCGCAUGCCGGACAGCAUGGCCGCCGUCCGGGAGACGCUCCACCGCAACGCGGCGUCGGGACAGGGAGAUGCUGACAGCUGGGAUGACAGCAGCUCCGUGAGCAGCGGCAUCAGCGACAACAUCGACACAGAUGACAUCAACACCAGCUCGUCCAUCUCGUCGUACGCCAACACGCCCGCCGCACAACGCAAGGGCCUCAGCGCACAGCCUGUGACGGAUGCAGAGAAGCAUUCGGCCUCCGCGGCGCUGCACCAGGCCUGGUCGGCGGACGAGGUGAAGAGGCCGGACGGCGGGUCAGACGGCGGGGUCAGGAUGGAGCCGGGCUCCAAGUGGAGCCGGCGGAACCCCUCGGACGUCUCCGACGAGUCCGACAAGGGCGGCUCGGGCAGGAAGACCCCGUCCGUGUCGCACACGGGCUCCUGGAGGCGAGGCAUGAGCACUCAGGUCGGGGUGACGUCCCCCCGGACCAAGAGCACCAGCAGCUCGGGCUCAACGGGCUCCGUCGGCCUCAAGACUCACAGCUCAGGUAAGACGGACGACGUCAAGGUGUCGGAGAAGGGUCGCGUCUCCCCCCGUCCUAACGGCCUCCACCGCUCGCCGUCGGACGCCGGGCGCAGCAGCGGCGACGAGGCCAAGAAGCACUCCAUCUCCGGCGGCCGCGCGUCCACGGCGAAUGCCCUCACGCACACCGUGUCGGACCCCCACUCCCAGGCGCACACGCUCGCCCAGCGCACCCCGACCAGCACCUUCGGCUUCAAGAAGCAGGGCAUGGUAACCAUGGUGACGGCCAGCGGUGCCACCAUCACCAGCGGCUCAGCCACCCUGGGGAAGAUGCCCAAAUCUGGAGCGCGCUCGCUGGCGGGAGGCCUGAAGGCCAGCGGGCAGGACGGCGGCUCGGCGCUGGGUCACCACGACGACGGCUUCCUCCCCAUGAGCGCCCGCUCCACGCUGCAGUACCGCAGCCUGCCGAGGCCGAGCCGCUCGGGGGCGGCCGCCCGCAACGGGAACCGCUCCUCCACCAGCAGCAUCGAGGCCGCCGUGCUCUCCGUCACGUCGCACGGCAAAAACUCCAUGAGCAUCGCCAAGGCCAACGGCCUGGGGGGGAUCCUGGCCAAUCAGACGGAUCGGGAGAAGGGCGUCUCCGAGAUCGACAACCUGAGGGGCGGGGGAGCGGCGACCGUGCCGAUGACGGGUAGACAGCAGGUUUCCUCGCCUACACUACGCAGGUUGUUCGGCGGGAAGCCCGGUAAACAGGCGCCGGUCACCACGGCGGAAAACAUGAAGAACUCCACCGUCAUCUCCAACCCGCACGCCACCAUGAACCACGUGGCCACGGUGCUGGAGUCCCCCGACGGAGGGGGGCUGGGGGCCGGCGACAGCGAGACCGGCAGCCCCCUGUUCGGAGGCCGGCCGCUGGGAUCGGGGACGGGGACGCUGGGCAGCGAGCAGGCCUCCAGUCCCUGCUCGGUCUACUCCUCCACCGGCCCGUCCAACAGCCUCACAUGGGGCACCACCUUCAGCGGCUCCUCUGCCCAGAGCAGGGAGGGCACGCUGGGCGGGCACGGCGGGCCGGGCAGCAUGGGCUUCCCCUCCGUCAGCAGCAUGCACACCAGCAGCGAGUCCAUCGACAUGAGCCUGGGGAGCGCCGGAGGCGGCGGCGGCGGCGGCCAUGGCCACGGGACCCACAAGGAGGACACCCUGUCCGCUCUGGGCCGCGCCGGCAGCGUCAAGACGGGCAUGUCAGAGAGUCCCCUGUCCUCCCCCUCCGCUAGCCCCAUAUUCAGCCGAAACACGCUGCCUCGGAAGCAGGACAGCGGGCCACACUGUGGCAGAAACACUCUGCCUAAGAAAGGAUUCAGGUACGGCCCGUCCCCGCAGCUGCGAGGCCACGAGGAGGCCCGUGAUUGGCUGCGCUCCUACUCCACCAGCGGGCUGCAGGAGUCGGCCAGCAACUCGCCGUUCUCCCCCGGCUCCAGCAUCACCUCCCCCUCCGGCACUCGCUUCAACUUCGGGCAGCUCGCCUCCAGCCCGACCUCAGCCGCUCAGAUCAACCUCGCCGGCCUGCGCAACAACAGCCUGACCAAUCAGGACGUCGCCUUCGACCCGUGCGGCGACAGUCGCCUGAGGAACUCGUGCAUGUCGCUGGACGAGAAGACUCGCACCAUGAGCCGCUCGGGCUCCUUCAGGGACGGCUUCGAGGAAGUCCACGGAUCGUCUCUGUCUCUGGUCUCCAGCACCUCCUCCAUCUACUCCACGAAUGAGGAGAAGUCUCAGUCGGAGAUCCGCAAACUGCGCCGGGAGCUGGACGCCUCCCAGGAGAAGGUUUCCGCCCUGACGACACAGCUGAGCGCCAACGCUCACCUGGUGGCAGCGUUCGAACAGAGUCUGGGCAACAUGACCAUCCGACUGAAGAGUCUCACCUUGACCGCAGAGCAGAAGGACUCUGAGCUGAACGAGUUGAGGAAGACCAUCGAGCUGCUGAAGAAGCAGAACCUCGUUGCUCAGGCCGCCAUCAACGGCGUCAUCAACACACCGGAGCUCACGCACAAAGGGGACAGGACAGCCGGCAGCAACGGCAGUCCACAGCAACACCACCACCAGCAGCAGCAGCAUCAGCAUCAGCAGCAUCAUCAGCAUCAGCAGCAUCAGCAUCAGCAUCAGCAUCAUCAGCAGCAUCAGCAGCCGGACCUGCGCAUCAGGAGGCAGCACUCCUCCGACAGCGUCAGCAGCGUCGCCAGCGCCACCAGUCACUCGAGUGUGGGCUCCAACAUGGACGCCGACGCAAAGAACAAGAAGAAGAACAAGAAGAACUGGCUGCGAAGCUCCUUCAAACAAGCGUUCGGCAAGAAGAAAUCUCCCAAGUCGGCCUCGUCUCACUCCGACAUCGAGGAGAUGACGGACUCGUCCCUGCCCUCCUCCCCCAAGCUGCCGCACAACAGCACCGCCGCCGGCGGCCACAUGCUCAGGAACACACACUCCAGCUCCCUAUUAUCAGAGUGUUUGGACAGCGAGGCGGAGACGGUGAUGCAGCUGCGGAGCGAGCUCAGGGAGAAGGAGAUGAAGCUGACCGACAUCCGCCUGGAGGCUCUCAGCUCCGCCCAUCAGCUGGACCAGCUCCGGGAGGCCAUGAACCGCAUGCAGCUGGAGAUCGAGAAGCUGAAGGGAGAGAACGACCGUCUGAAGCUGGAGAAUCACGGCAGCAGGACGGGCUCCCAGGUCUCCAUCUCGUGUUCCCCUCCUCCGCACACCAACGGCCAGGCGCCCGGGCCGGGCCUGGCCCAGCACAGCCUCAACCUCACCACCAGCGAGUCCACGAGCCUCGACAUGCUGCUGGACGACACCGGCGGAGAGGGAGGGAUGAGGAAGGAGGGGCGGCGCGUCAGGAUCGUGGUCAGCCUGGACGAGUACAGCAAGUGGGGAGAGGAGGGACGGCCUCGCCAUUUUCUCAUCGGCUGCAUCGGCGUGAGCGGUAAAACCAAGUGGGACGUCCUGGACGGAGUGGUCCGACGCCUGUUCAAGGAGUACAUCACCCACGUGGACCCGGUGAGCCAGCUGGGCCUGAGCUCAGACAGCGUGCAGGGAUACAACAUCGGGGAGAUCCACCGGCCGAGCGGCCUCAGCGCCGCGCACACGCCCGAGCUGCUGCCCUGCGGCUACCUGGUGGGAGACAGCAACACCAUCAGCAUCCAGCUCAAAGGCGUGACCAGCGAGAACGUGGACUCGCUGGUGUUCGACACUCUGAUCCCGAAGCCGAUGCUGCAGCGCUACGUCUCCCUGCUGAAGGAGCACCGGCGGGUCAUCCUGUCGGGCCCCAGCGGCACGGGGAAGACCUACCUGGCCAAUCAGCUGUCUCGACACCUGCUGCUGCUGGAGGGCCGACGCCCGACGCCACACGCCGUGGUCACGUUCAACGUGGACCACAAGUCCAGCAAGGAACUGCGUCAGUACCUGUCGGGUUUGGCUGAGCAGUGCAGCGGCGUGCCGGGGGUGGAGAGCCCCCUGGUGGUCAUCCUGGACAACCUGCACCACGUCAGCUCCCUGGGCGAGAUCUUCAACGGCCUCUUCAACUGCAACUACCAGCACUGCCCUUACAUCAUUGGCACCAUGAGCCAAGCCACAUCGUCAGCCCCCAACCUGCAGCUUCACCACAACUUCAGGUGGGUGCUGUGCGCCAACCACACGGAGCCGGUGAAGGGCUUCCUCGGCCGCCACCUGAGGAGGAAGCUGAUGGAGACGGAGAUCGGCAGCCGAACGCGCAACACGGAGCUGGUGAAGAUCAUCGAGUGGAUCCCGCGGGUGUGGCACCACCUGAACCGCUUCCUGGAGACGCACAGCUCCUCCGACGUCACCAUCGGACCUCGUCUCUUCCUGUCGUGUCCCAUGGACGUGGAGGGCUCCAGGGUUUGGUUCACCGACCUGUGGAACUACUCCAUCAUCCCCUACAUGCUGGAGGCCGUGCGGGAGGGACUGCAGCUGUACGGCCGCAGGGCGGCGUGGGAGGACCCGGCCGCCUGGGUGAUCGACACCUACCCGUGGUCGGCCACGCCCGCCGCCGCCGACUGGCCGCCGCUGCUGCAGCUCCGCCCGGAGGACGUGGGGUUCGACGGCUACUCGGCCCCGAGGGAGGGCGUUCGGAAGGAGCCGCCGCAGAGCGACAGCGACGCGGACCCCCUGAUGAACAUGCUGAUGCGCCUGAAGGAGGCGGCGACGUCGUCCAGCCCGCAGAGCUACGACAGCGACUCCAACAGCAACAGUCACCAGGACGACAUCCUGGACUCGUCGCUGGAGUCGACCCUGUGAUGCCGACCAGACGCGAGACGCUGGGGAAUCCGUUGUUUGUUCAGGAGCAACUUUUUUUUUUACAUGAGGAACGUCCUCGCCGAGGAGCAUACUUUCAUGCCGCAAAAAUCCAGCCACCUUAAUUUGGGUGCAGGUAACCCAAAAAUACCUAAGACUUAAACUUGCA